GGGGCAGGUAUCGGCAGCAGCAGCAGCAGCAGCGAUAGCCAUCGCCAUCAUCAUCAUCAUCAUCAUCGACGUCGACGAGUAGAACAAUGGUAUCGGACAGCGCCGCUAACCGCAUCGGCUCGGGAGACGGCUCCGGACCCGGCGGCGGUGAUCCCCCCACCUCCAACAACAACAACAACAACCAGAUGAGCAGCAACGUCAGCCUCAGCAACGUCAGCCUGAGCAGCUCGGGCUACCGUAAUCGCGGCUUCAAGCGCGACGACGAGCUGCCCGCCGCGCUGCACGAGAUGCCCCCGGAGCCGCGAAAACCGCCCCAGCUGCCGGACGACGACGGCCAGUCGUCCCGCAAGUUCAAGCUGUCGCGCGGCGAGAAGUGGCGCAUCCUCAAGAACAUCGGCACGGUGAGCGUCGCGUUCAUGGUGCAGUUCACCGCGUUCCAGGGCACCGCGAAUCUCCAGUCGUCGAUCAACGCCAGCGACGGCCUGGGCACCGUGUCGCUGUCGGCGAUCUACGCCGCCCUCGUGCUCAGCUGCAUCUUCGUGCCCACCUUCCUCAUCAAGCGGCUCACCGUCAAGUGGACCCUGUGCCUGUCGAUGCUCUGCUACGCGCCCUACAUCGGCUCGCAGUUCUAUCCGCGCUUCUACACGCUGGUGCCGGCGGGCGUGCUGCUGGGUCUGGGCGCGGCGCCCAUGUGGGCCGCCAAGGCCACCUAUCUCACCCAGGUGGGCGGCGUGUACGCCAAGCUCACCGACGAGCCGGCCGACGCCAUCGUGGUGCGAUUCUUCGGAUUCUUCUUUCUGGCCUGGCAGACGGCCGAGCUCUGGGGAAAUCUAAUUUCGUCGCUCGUGCUGAGCGAGGGCGAGUUCAAAGAGAUCGGGAGCAACGUGACGGCGACCGCGGCCAAGGUGAGCCGCUGCGGGGCCAAUUUCUGCAUCAUCGGCAACGGCGGCCACGAGAAUCUCCACAGGCCGCCCGAUUCCGAGAUCUACGAGAUCUCGGCCAUCUACCUGACUUGCGUCUUCGUCGCAGUGCUCAUCGUCGCCCUCUUCGUCGAUCCACUCUCCAGGUACGGCGAGAAGCAGCAUCGCAACGACAGCAAGCCGCUCAGCGGCAUACAGCUGCUCUCGGCGACGGCCUACCAAUUGAAGAAGCCGUAUCAGCAGCUGCUCAUACCCAUCACCGUGUGGAUCGGCAUGGAGCAGGCGUUCAUCGGCGCCGAAUUCACCCAGGCGUACAUAUCCUGCGCGCUGGGCGUGCACCGGGUCGGCUACGUGAUGAUCUGCUUCGGAGUGGUCAAUGCCGGCUGCUCGCUCUUGUUCGGCUCGAUGAUGAAGUUCGUUGGGCGCCAACCGCUGAUAGCCCUGGGCGCAGUGGUCCACGCGUCGCUCAUAGGCGUUCUGCUGAUGUGGCGACCGCAUCCCGACGCGGCCUACGUUUUCUACACGGUCUCGGGCCUGUGGGGAGUCGGCGACGCCGUCUGGCAGACGCAAAUCAACGGCCUCUACGGCACGCUGUUCCGUCGCAACAAGGAGGCGGCCUUCUCGAAUUUCCGCCUGUGGGAGUCGGCGGGCUUCGUCAUCGCCUACGCCUACAGCACCCACCUGUGCGCCCGCAUGAAGCUCUACGUGAUGCUCAACGUCCUGAUAAUCGGCAGCAUCGGCUACACCAUCGUCGAGCUGCUGCACAGGCGCAAGCAGAGGAGACUGAAGGCCCUGGCGGAGAAUCCGAAGGCGGCGCAGGCGGCCAGCGACGCGGCGGCCGCGGGACAGCUGGACGAGACCGACGACGAGAAGGACGACAUCGACGACGACAUCAUUAUCACGCAUCUGUGAGGAUGAUCAAUCCUCGCGCGCGGAUUUGAUUUUUGUCUUUAUUAUUUAUGAUUAAGUAUAUUUUAUUUUACUCGAUGCGAAGUUGUCGUCGUCGGAGUGUCCUGUGUACAUUCGCUCUCUCUCUCUCUCUCUCUCUCUCUCUUUUAUCUUCUCUUCUUUACUCGACGCAUGUUUUUGUUUUUACAUUCUCGCACGAAAAACUAUUUCAGUUAUUUAUCCCGUUUUUUUUAUCGUUUUCCUGACUACACGUACGUAGAAGCGUGAUAACGAAGAGUCACGAGAGAGAUUACACAAAAUUUGUUUUUGUUAUAAGCUCGAGCCUAUGGUGAUUAUUAUUCGGUUUUUAUCGGUCGAACACUACGUCGGGAGAAAGAAAACGAGAGAGAGAGAGAGAGAGAAAGAUAAAAAUAGAAGAGAGACGAGCGCAAUGCGCCUCGCUCUCUCGUGUCUGAAGCGAAUUGAAUAUUGAAAGCUGCCCAGAAGAAUGUAUGUGUAUGCUGUAUAUAUAUAUAUAUAGGCGCGCAGAGCUAGCUAGCUAGCAUAGCACGGCUAGAUGCUCCAUGAAAAAUGCAGUAGGUAGCCAGUAGGUAGCCCUUUUGCGAAAUGUGACGCGCGCCGCGCCGCGUCCGAUGAAAGGAAAUCAUCGAUAUCGAAUCACGAUGUGUGUGUAUACUUACGAUAUAUAUAUAGAGAGAGAGAGAGAGAGAAAAUAGGUGGGCUAAAGCUGGUGGCCGCCUUUUGAAUAUCAUAUGAAUGUUAUACGAUGAUAAUCAUUUAAGUGCCUUUACAUGUAACGAAAAUAUAUCAUACACUAUUGGCUUGUUUCUCUUUUUAUCCCGGUCUCGAGGUGUACGACAGAUCAUCACGAAUUGUAACAACAAUAAGAAAUAUCGAUGAGUCGAAAUUUUAUUUUUGUAGAAAACUUCGAUAUGAUAAUCAUGAUGAGUAGACAAAUCUUUUUGUACAUAUAUAUAAUUAUAAAGUAUAAUAUAAUGUUCACACGAAAAAGCGAAUACAACGAGAAUAGACUUAAUAAUUGUGUUGGAAGAAAACUAAGACGGGGCCUAGAUUAUGUAGGCUGUGAGAUAUAAUGCUAGGAGGCUGAGCUUGGGCCCUCAAUUGUUUUAAUGUAUAGACGGAAGAAACGAGAAAAAUUUUAUUUUUGCAAAAAACUACUUACUUUGUUAUUGAAGUCUAUUCGUUCGCUCUGAGAAAUUCAUUUUCAUCGCAAUUGUAUUUGAAUGGGUGUUUAUGUAUAAUUAGGGAUGAAAUGUGUUCGAAAAAAAAAACAGUUAACAGUUGGUCGAGCAUUGUUCUAAAAAAUGACUUGGAAUUAUAUCUUCAAAAGACUAAUUGAAACAGUAUUUUGACAUUAAAAAUAUAUACUUUAUUGUAGAAAGAAAGAAAAAAUUUUAAAUCUCGAGAAGAUGGUAAAGAGAAAGAAUCAUGUAGAUCUACAUUCGACCGAAUAAUUCGAUGUUCACAAUGCGUCGUUCGUAGAAUUUCUUCCUUAUACAUUCAUAAACAUAUAUAAAGAAAAGGAAUCUUAUAUACCAUGUAUGCUUACCUGCCGCAAUUGUGUUGCCACCACAGUACAUCAAAAAAAUUCUUUUAUUUUUCGUCGUUCGAGUCUCUAUAUACCUCUCGCAAUUAUUAAUAUUAAAUAAGUUGUAAGUGUCUUCUGGUAAGGCUAUGAGCAUGAAAAUAAUUCUUGAUUAUAGGUCUUAUGAACGCCGUGAGAGAGGCUAUAUUUUAUUAUUAUAAAUAUAUAUUUUUAUCGAUAAAAUGACGAAACAUUUUCUUGAGCUUGAGCGCACGCACAAAAAUAACAAAAGUGGCAGGUGUGAAUUUGUUAAAUGUUUCACUUUUUAAUCACGUUAUAUUAUACUUACAACAGUUGUUAAUUAAUUAAUUUACUAUUAACUAUUGUCAUUGUAAUAUCGGUAGCUAAUAUUAUCAUUUUAAUUUUGGAAUGUCACGCGGGAUUGUGCAAAAAAAAUGAGUACGAAAACUUGUACAGAACGUCUCUGUGUUAUUAAGUAAGGAAAUGCACGGUAUGAACAGUGGCAUUAAAUAUCGCGUUCUUCCUGCGAAUUUGAUUUAGACGAAGAAAAAAAUCUAGAUAUAUAAUUUUACAUAUUAUUAUUAUUAUACUCACAAGCUAUCGAUUGAUAUUCGGUGAGACGCAAUGUAUAACAUCUUGUAUUAUGUGGGUGAUUGUGUGCGUAUGAAUGUGUAUAUGUGAGUGUGACCAACGUAUAUAUUGGAAACAAAACGAGAAAACUCGAGAUGUAGAACGUUUGUACGAUUUUAAUAAUGAAUCGUUUGUUGUUUUGUUAUAUCGUUGAAUAUUGGAUCGGUAUGGUUAUGAGUCGCAGUUUACGGAAAAUAUAAUGAAGAAAAAAAAGAAACAAUUUCCAUUUGUAAUCGCACGCACGUAAUUAUUUUACUCCACUCAUUAGCCUUAUUAAAUAAUUGCAUAUUAUAAAUAUAUUCUAUUGUUGCCUAGUUUACGUUUUAUUGCGUUACUUACUGCGUUUUCAUCUUUGGAAAAUGCCGAGUGAUGCUUCGAUAGUUGUUAUAAUUAACUAGACCCAAAUUUAUUGUUAUUUACAUUUUAAUUAUUGUAACUUGUUAUGAUACUUCAAACAUGCAUAUAUAGCGUUAGUAAGCUGAAAUUGACUAAAGUAAUUGAUUAUAAUUAAAAUAAUGAAAAAAUUAUAAAA